AUGGAGAGCUUUCAUUUCACCCACAAAUCAUUUCCUGUUCUGAGGCUCCCUGUGGCUGAUCCCCUCCAUUUCUGCUCCAGAUUUCUGGCCUGCCUGGACUUUGAGCUUCACUUGGAGAAGCUUUACAAGUGGAAUUCCAGCAGCUUGGAGGAGAAGAAAACCUUCCUCAGGGCUCUGUGGAAGCUGAACCGGCGCUGUCCCCUUUGUGAACGUCCCCUCGGGUGCAGUGGAAGGGACAUGCAGGUGGCAUUUGGCCAAGGUUACCGGAAGCUGCAGGCGGUGGCUGAGCAGCUGAUCCUGUUUGAAACCCUCAAGCAGAACUUUGAGAACUCCUUUGUCAACCACAUCACCAACAUCUUCGAGAUGCAGGGCAAUUCCCAGGCCCCUGCUCUUGGCCCCAUGGUUGCCCCAAGCCAUGGACCCCACCACGAGGAGCUGCUGCCCUACACCCCCCUCAUGUCCUGGCUGAGGAACAUCAACCCCACUCUGUUCUGGGACCUGCCCAAGGUCUAUUCCCAGAACCUUGGCAGACUCUACGAGAGGGAAAUCAGAGCCCUUUUUGAACAGGCCAAACUCGCCCUGUCAGGGAGGAGAAAAGGAAGUCUGCAGGAGUCUUGGGAGAAGCCGAUGGGGAGGGGGCAGAGCCAGGAGGACACCCCAGGCAGGGUGUUGGAGAAGGUGCUGAGAGAGCUGCAGCCCCUUUGCACCAAGGAGCAGCAAUUCCUGCAGGAAUUCUUCUGGCUGGGCUGUGACUCCGUGGAGCUGCAGGUGAGGGUGGGCACCUGGCACCUUUCCCUGCCUGCCACAUCCGGAGGAGAGCCCAGGGCAGCUCCAGAGGAGCCUCCUUGCCCCAAGCCCCGGAGCCUGCCAGAAGAAGCCACAGCCCCGGUGCUGAGCGAGCUGUUCAGCUGCCUGGAGCCGGAGCUGAGGGCGUUUCUGGAUGUCUGCAGCAAGGCUCGGCCCCUGGGCUGCCUGCACGUCCUGGGGACCUUGAGUGACGCCGUGCUGGGGACCCGGGGCUCUUGCUCUGCUGCCCCGUCCUUCCUGCACACCCUCCUGAGCAACGUGCUGCUCCUGGCCAAGAGCAACUUCAACAAAUGCAUCGGGACCUUGUGCAAGGAGAUGGAGGAGGCCAAGGCUCCCAGCAGGAUGAGGGGAGGGAUCCUGCCCUGUGUCAGCCGCUUCCAGGAGUUCGUGGCUUUCUCUGAGGAGGUGUUCAGGACAUCCCAGCGCCGGGGGGAGCUGGACAAAGCCCAGCUCAGGCUGGCCAGCAGCGUCUUCAGCAGCAUCAGCAGCCUGUCCUCAGCAAACCUGAGGGUGAACACGGAUAUGGUGAUGAUGGAAAAUUUCCACCACGUCCACAACUUCCUGUGCCAAAAGAACAUCCCCUGCCUGGAGGACAAGAAGAGAGAAGCCAUGCAAAGGUCCAGGGAGCACAUGGAGAAAUUUGUCACCACAUCCCUGGGCCAGACCCUGGAGAGGCUCCAGCAUUUCUUUGAGGGGGUCAAAGCCCGCCUGGCUCAGGGGGUGAAGGAGGAGGAGCUCAGCUUCCAGCUGGCCUACAGCAAGCAGGAACUCCGGAAAGUCAUGGAAAAAUAUCCUGGCAAGGAAGUCAAGAGAGCCCUGGAGAGCCUCUACAGGACCAUCCACAAAUGUCUGUCCCCAGAGGAAAAUCUUCUGCCGGUGGUGUGGAAGGCCAUGGAGCAGGAAUUUGUCCGGCAGUACCGAGAGUUUGAGGAGCUCAUCCAACGCUGCUAUGCAGGAUCAGGGAUUGCCCUGGACUUCACCAUGGAGGACUUGCUGAGCUACUUCAACUCCAUCACCAACAUGUAGGGAAAUCCCUUUCUGGAUGUGGGGAGCAGCUCAGGAAUCCUUGUCUGCAGCCACAUCUCCGAGGAGCUGAUCACAAAACCAUUCCCAAGUUGGAUAUUUGGGAUCCCACAAAACCAUUCCCAAGUUGAUAUUUGGGUUCCCACAAAACCAUUCCCGAGUUGGAUAUUUGAGAUCUCACAAAACCAUUCCCAAGUUGAUAUUUGGGUUCCCACAAAACCAUUCCCGAGUUGGAUAUUUGGGUUUCCUCAAAACCAUUCCCAAGUUGAUAUUUGGGUUUCCACAAAACCAUUCCCGAGUUGGAUAUUUGAGAUCUCACAAAACCAUUCCCAAGUUGGAUAUUUGGGUUUCCUCAAAACCAUUCCCAAGUUGGUUAUUUGCGUUCCUACCCUGAACUUAAUCCUAAAAUCUUGGUCCU